GACAUACGGAAAACGUCGAGCGUUUUGGGGAAAAAUAACGAAAUUAAUGUUGGCGUGUCCGCCGGCAAAUAUUAUUCAUCUGUUUUGACAUAUAUCAUCUGUUUUUAUUGUUAAUUAUGUCUUGCAUUUACUAGGUAUUUCUAUUUAGAAAAAAAUGUCGGACAAAAUCGAAACGAAGGUUCUGCAGGUGUCGAAUAUCGCACCCAACGCUAGCAGAGACCAGAUGAAAACGCUCUUUAGCUACUUAGGCAAAAUAGAUGAAAUCGAGAUGUACCCUGCAGAGUCGUCAGAGCUUCAAGUUACUGCCAAAGUUUGCUAUGUGAAAUACGAUGACUGUACCAGUGUUGGAGUGGCCCUGCAUCUUACCAACACAGUCUUUAUUGACCGGGCUCUUGUUGUUAUACCUGUUAUGGAAGGUGAAAUUCCUGAUGAACAGUCUGCAUUACAAAGGGCACCAACUGCUGUAGCUGGGAUGUUACCUGGGCAACCUACAUGGCCCAGUAAUGUCAUGAGUCAGUUACAAAGUAUUGGUGGCUGUCAAGUGAUUAUCACCAAUGAUCCUAGAUUAACUGCCCUUGGAUUGUCACAGUAUCCUCCCUUGCCAAGUAACACAGAUCCCUCCAAGAUUGAAGAGAUCAGACGAACAGUUUAUGUGAGCAACCUUGACCCAGCUAUAAGUGGUGAGCAGAUCAUGACAUUUUUUGGUCAAAUUGGUGAGAUAAAGUACGUGCGGAUGGGAGGUGAAGAGGUUGAAGGCGGAAAAUGUGCAUACGUUGAGUUCACUGAUCAACGUUCUAUUGCCACAGCUCUAACAUACAACGGGGUCAUGUUUCAGGACAAGCCUUUAAGUGUUGCCCACUCCACAUCUGCUAUAGAUAAACCUAAGACGAAGAUGCAGGAGGCAGCUCAGAGGGAGAUUGAAGAAGCAAUGAAGAAAGUGAAGGAAGCACAGUCAUUGAUCACCGCUGCAGCAGAUUCAGGUGACUUGAACAUUGAUAAAGAAGUGUCAAAACUAGCUUCAAGCUUUGGCAGGAGUCGAUCAAGGUCUAGGUCACGUUCAAGACGAAGGCGAACUCGUUCUAGAUCAAGACGGAGGAGUAGAUCUAGGUCUCGUCAUCAUAGAUCACGUUCGAGGCGCAGGUCGAGAUCACGGAGAAGAUCAAGGUCUCGAAAGAGGUCAAGGUCAGGAUCAAGGAAAAAGAGGUCAAGUUCUAGGACUGCAGAGGCUGCUAAAGCUGUUAUUGGAAAGACGGAAGUACCUGUUCCGGUGUUUGGGAUAAGUGGACUGAAGAAGCCAGGGCCUGGAAUGCCCGGCGGACCAGGCACUGGGAGGAAAAGGUCAAGGUCAUCAUCAAGAAAACGAAGCGGAAGGUCAAGGUCACGAUCCAGAAGAAGAAGGUCAAGGUCUAGGUCGAGGAGAAGAAGAUCCAGGUCAAGGUCAAAGAACAAGGUGGUCAGGAGGAGGUCACACAGUAGGCCCAGAAGGUCAAGAAGCCGCAGGAGAAGUAGAUCCCGGCGUAGAUCUCGUUCCAGGAAGAGGUCUCGCUCUCGUUCUGCGUCACCCCCGAGGCUGAGACGUGAAGGAUCAUACAAAGGAUCCAGCAGUGUUGGCAAACCUACUGAAAACAGUUCAAAUCAUAGAAGUGUUGGCAAACCUACUGAAAACAGUUCAAAUCAUAGAAGUUCACCUGUGUCGAAAAGCAAGACGUCUGAUAGAAAGAGAUCAUCGAGCAGAGGUCGGAGCAGGUCACCAGUGAAGAAGAGCAGGAGAUCAAGAAGUAGGAGCAGAGGAAGAAAAAGUACAAAGAGCCGUCACCGCAGCAGAAGUUCUUCUCGUAAACGUAGGUCACGCUCGCGUAAAAGAUCAAGGUCUCGUAGCGGAUCUAGACACAGGUCAAGGAAGGAUAAGAAAAAGGAAAGAGAAAGAGAUCGGAGUAGAGACAGAGAAAAGAAAAAGAAACAUAAAGAGAAGGACAGAGACAGAGAAGAGAAGAAGGAAAACAAAGUUAAAAGAGAUUACGACGAGGAAGAAAAAAUCCUUUACGAAGAGGAAGAGAAAGCCCAGAAUAAUAGGAAGAGCAGCAGUGAUGAAGAUGAUGAUGAUGAGGAUGAUGAUAAAAGUAGAGGAAGUAGUCCGGAACCUAUACCGACACGUAUACAGACACGUAUAACAGCUAAUGUUGAUACAGAUGAUUUACAACAAGUUGAUAUGGACAUGAGUGAUUGAAAAACUUUAAAACUAUGACUUACGCUCUGAAUUAUUGUCUUAGUAAUAUUUUUCUAAUCAGAAAGGGGAAAUUGUUAUGAUUUAUGUUGUUGCUACUUUUCUGUAUGAAAGAUAUAGUCUGUUAAUUGAAGUAACAAGUAAAGACGAACAAAAGUUUAAGUAAGAGUAGAACUGAUCUUUUAUAAAUAAAUCUGUGAAAAUACACAGAAUGCAUGCUGGGCUGUAGGGAGCUAUUCAAAUAAAGUAAAACUAUGUUGAUAUGAACAGAGGUAAGCAAGCUUCAUGAUUAUCAGAGCCAUGAGUUACGGUAUGAUUGUAAAUUUUGGUCUGUUCACUGGGAGCAGAAUUAUGCUGUUAAAAAUAUGUAGAAUGUAAAUUUGAAGUAGCAAGUUAGGAAUUUAUAACAGAAUUUUAAGUAAGGACACAACAAGUUGUAAAGUUUAAAGAUUAAAUUUCUCUGAUUGUUACAUUCAGCAGAUAUGAAAGUAAGAGAAAAUAUUUGCAGAUAAAGUGGCAUAUAAUCAAAUAGAUGUUGUUUCUUUACAAUGUCUAUAAGAUUUUUUUAGCAUAUUCAUAUUGUGUUGACAAUGUAAUGGCUGUUCUGUUCUGUUUUGUUCUGUCUUUAAUUGGAUUAGGCUUUGCUUUACAUAUUAAAUGAACAAGCAUAAAUUGACCAAUAAAAUUGCAACUGUG